AUGGCGAGUCCCUACCGUGCCUCUGUCAGCGCUGUUCAGGUUGGUCGCUACUUUGUUCAACAGUACUAUCCGGUUCUUUGUCAACGACCUCAUUUAGUUCAUCAUUUUUACACCGAUGAUAGUUCUAUGGUUCGGGUAGAUGGGAAUUCUAGCAAGACUGUUUCGGCAAAGCUGGCUGCAUACAGUGCAUUUGGUAGCUAUGGGAGCAGCUAUGUACAUCCACAAACCCCAUCAUCUGUGGCCCAGACUGCUGCUUAUGGUGCUUAUCCUUCUACAUAUGUGGCCCAGCAAAGUUACGCUCCAUCAUCCACAGCUGCAACCUUGACUACAGCGCAGCAACCUACUUCAGCUCCUCCUCAGGCUUAUUAUGGCAGUAAUUACUGA